GUGUGCUCCCUGCCAGUGUUUGAUUGAAUGCAGAGCGGCAUGUAUCAGCUUGUGGAACUAGCAUAUUAAUUUGGAGUUGAAACAAGUUGAAAUUGCAGCCAAUCGCAGAAGGAAAAGAAGGAAAAGAAGGAUAUUGCCCUGAAUUUGGAUUUUUAUUUUGGAAAUAGACCCAUUCAUUGGAAAUGAAUCCCAGAAGUGGAUCCAGUGGCUCUAGUAGUUUGUUUAAUUUAUUUGAGAUGAAGUCUGUUUCAUUUGGAUAAUUGCUACGCCAUUCCAGUUUUGCUGGUGACGUAGACCAAGUGUUGAGCUGAUGUUGCAGUUGGAACAGUCUGCACAGGAUCCGAGCAUAAUCGUUUACUACUCUAUUAAAAAUAGUGGAAAGAAAGGGGAAACAUUUGUUUUGUCUUCAGCAUUCCUUAGAUUAACCACAAUUUCAUCUUAAAGCUCAUCUGAAUCUAUAUUUAAAAAGAAAACCCAACAACGCCAACAACGAAACGUGGCAAUCCUGAAAAUGGGGUCAUAUGGAUAAGUAAAUAUUUUUGGAUGUAGGCGAUUGGUAUUCUGGGAAACACGAUUACAAAGGAAUAAUGGACGAAUCACGUAUCCGACACCUCUUCGAAGUCUGCGAUCUCAACGCGAGCGGAUACAUCGAGUACGACGACCUCCGCGAUCUCUGCCUCGGCAGCGACCUGGAGAUCACCGACGCCGAGCUCGGCAGCGUGUUCGACGAGCUCGACACCGAUGGCGACGGGAAGAUAAGCGUUGAGGAGUUCGAGCAGGGCUUCCAAGGGGUGGAGGAGCUGCUCCGACGGAAGGUCAAGGCCAACAGUAGCGGUGGUGGAGGAGUGUCGACAGGGGGGCAAGAUGGAGUUGAUGGGGGUAGCGAUGGGUCCAAGAGGGGGCAGAAGAAGGGGGAGAACAAUAAUACCGUGACUGGUAGAGAUGGGAAGGCUAACCAAGCCUACACGGCGUGGCAAAGCCUGGUGACCAGCCUCGGACCGGGCGUUACUCUUCUUCCAAGCCAAGAUCAAAUUUGUGAGUUGUAUCAGCAGCUCCAUUCGUCGGAGGUGCCUCAAACACUUCGCCAGUAUGAAUCCGUUAUCUAUGACGUCAUAAAGGAUCUUAGGCAAUACCAGUCAGAAGUCGAUAGGUUAGAGAAAUCAUUAAAGAGGACAAAUGAAAGCAAUACCGAGCACCUACAGCAGCUGGAGUAUGAGAUGGAAGUACAGAUGACAAGAACAGAACAGAGAGUUAGGAAGGAGGAAAGGGAAAGAAUAGAAUCUGAGAAAGCCGAGAUCCAGAGGCAGCUUGAGGCAGAAAUUCGAGAAUUGAAAAGUAAUCUCAAUCAAAUACACAAUGCUGAAGACAAAGUCGACAGAAUAGACAAGCCACGCGAAGACCUGCUCCAUUCCCUGAAACAGGACCUCGAACAAUUGAGAAGUGAAAAUAGGAGUCUGAGAAGCAGUCUAACCGAGGCUCAGACCAACUUGGUCCUCUCAAGAAGCGAGCUCGUCACCCUGAAAAGUGACUUUGAUGAGCAGAAUGGAUUCAUUUCAAAUAAUCGUGACGUCAUACAAGACUACAUCGGAGAACAGGAGAACCUAACAAGACAACUCCAAUUACUACAUGAGGCAAACAAAAAACUUCAAGACACAAAUGACGAUCUUAGAGCUGCACUGGAAAAUGUAUCGAGAUCGUCUCGGAUGUCGCCUCGAACGACACGUCUUCUUAGCUCAGCAUCGUACAUGAAUGAUUACGUAGAUGAUGACGUCAUGAUAGAUCAGUCUAGGCAGCGUAAAUCGUACGCAUCGCAAGGUUCAUACGAAGGCUCCGAGGUUCAGAUGAAUGGAGGAAGGCGCCAUUUUGCUUACCAUACCACUAACGGUGACAACUACCCCGACGAUGGAGAUUCUGGAAACUCUACACUCCGGGACCCGAACGAGCUCGACUCGGAAACCGAAGAGGAUAUCAGAAGGGCGCCCCCAUUGCGGGAAGAGAUUGCAGUGUCUAUGAAACAAGAACUGAAAGACGCCAAUCGCCAACAAGCCUCGCACCAACAUGCGACACAUGCAACGUCAACCCAACAUACGACCAAUUCCAGGGGAGCAACGAGCGCAAGUCUUCAUACGUCAAACUACGGGGAACCAAUCAGAGACAUGCGUUCAUUAUCACGUGGUAGCUCCCCGCGAUCCAGCGGAGGGGGAUCUCGAAAACGCGCUCUUCCCCAGCUUCCCCAACAGGUGACAUCAGCGGUAAAUAAUCUUAUGGAAUAUUUUGAAAAUGAGCCUCUCUCGCCAACACCAUCAGCCCAUCCAGAGAGGAUGUACAAAAUUGUUUUAGCAGGAGACGCAGCUGUGGGAAAGUCCAGUUUUAUCAUGAGAUUGUGCAAGGGAAUCUUCCACAGUAACCUCAACUCAACUUUGGGUGUUGACUUCCAAAUGAAAACCAUUGAUGUGGACGACCGAGUCACAUCUUUACAACUAUGGGAUACUGCAGGGCAGGAAAGGUUUCGCAGCAUCGCUAAAUCCUAUUUCAGACGCGCUGAUGGUGUCUUGCUGCUCUAUGAUUGCACGUGUGAGAGAUCGUUUAUUAACGUGCGUGAUUGGAUUGAGGCAAUAGAAGAGGGCUCACACAAGCCGGUACCAGUGAUGAUCUGCGCGAAUAAGUUGGAUGCCAGGCCGCUGGCAAUGACUGAGGGUGUUCGCUGUGUGAGAACAGAGGACGGUCAAAGACUCGCUACGUCGUUUAACGCUCUUUUUAUUGAGACCAGUGCCAAGGAGGGGUCGAACGUAGAGGACGCUGUGAUAGAGUUGACAAGGCAACUUCACAAGCGGGAGGAUUUAGAAGUUAGCUCAAGUGGAAUUACGCUUAACAAAGAAACACCAGCGAAGAAAAGGGAUGCGGGAUGCUGCGACUUCUAAGGCUUCUCUCGUUAGCUGCCGGCUGGAGUUUUCCGACUUUUCCCGAAGUAUGUCGAAAGAUGCCGAUCGUAAUGAGACGGUAUAAUAUGCUUCAGACAUUUGGAAAUAAUCGUAAAUAUGAUACAUGUGGUCUCAGAUUGUAGCGAGUCACAACCGUACAAACUUAGCCGACAGAGACGAACAUGAUCCUCCCCAAAUUCAAUGAUGCUGGCGAUUCCAUCCGAAGUUUACCGACCGAAAAAUACCGAGUCAAUAGCGCCACCUGCGAAAUCUGAGUGUGUAGUUUGAACACUUCCACACUCAGCUUGAUGGAUUUCGUUAAUUCGUUCAAGGAAAAAAUCCCAGUUUUGCUCCUGAUGCCUUAUUCAUAAGACAUAAUUGAGACUACAUUGAUGGUGUGCCAUAUCAUUCCCACUUAAUGUUUCAUAAGAGCUAAACGUGUUUAAAUUUUUAUGUAUAAAUGUAUAUAUUUUUCUUUUUAAUUAUCCUUGUUUUCCUUGCCCAUGUAAGUUACAUUCCAUUCGUACUGUAUCUGUAGUCCGUGCAAUAGGAUAGCAUGUUGAAAUAUUUGACAUUUUAAAACAUGACGCGUAACCGUAGAUCGUGAUAAAGGGGCAGAGACGUUCCUUUUUUGUAAAUUCUAUUUUAUUUUUCACUGAUUAGCUUCAUGCACAUGAGAACACGGUUCGAAAAUUGAAUCAUAUUUGAGCAAUUGUUUUAUGACGUCACAUAGAAGAUUGUAGCCGCAGCAUGAAUUUUGAGAUGUGAAUUGUUAAUGAUACAUUGCUUUAUUUAGCUGAACUCUGAAUGUUAAACACGGGGAGAAUCAAGGAUCGACUGGCAUGUCCACAAGGGACAUCCCGUGUAAAGUAAAAUGUUUACAUGAUGCUGGUAAUCACUUCGAAAGAUAAAAAUUGUAUCUAUAAGUGAAUUACAUUGAGUCAACCUAUCUACAUGAUCUAUGAGAGGAAACCCGAAGGCAUGACGUCACAAUAAGAAUGCAGCUUGCGUGCAUGUAAUAAGAAACACCCGAACCGACCCUCAUCAAGAAAUGGACUAGACGUUUUUUCAUUCUUAACUGAAUUUUCAUGCAAAUUUGUAUUUAAAUGUUGACCUCGUUGCUGAGAAUAGAAUAGAAUAGAAUAUAUAUAGCGUAUUUUUGGUUGGUUUUAACAAAUUUUAAAUAAUAUAUUUGUCAAGCAUACUGGUUGGUAUUAUGCCACAGUUGUCACUUGCAUGUGAGUAUAUUUUUUUUAAUCAUUCACAUGAACAUGAAUUCUUACACGUGACCAGUCAUAUAAUUCAUUCUAACAAAAAUUGUCCCUUUCUGGAUAUACCUCUAAUUAUUUAUUUAAGAGUCUACCAUUCGUGUGAUGUAAAACGAAAAAUGAUAUGAAAUAAAUCUUCAAAAUAAUUGAAUUGGCAACGUCUUUUUUGGUAUUCCAAUAUUCUCUCUUAGAGGCCUGGACCUAUAUUUUGAGUGACCUUUUAAUAUAAUUUUGUUCAACUUGUAUUUCAAAGAUAUUGAUGAAGAUUUGUCAUGAUCAUGCAUGGUAAUCAAUGAUAAAAACAAUCAUGAUAUUAAUAAUAAUAAUAUGCAAUCAUUAUAAUUAUGAUGAUAAUGACAAUAAUGAUAAUAAUAAUAAUGAUAAUAAUACUAAUAGUAUUGAUAAGAACAAUGAAAAUAAUAAAAGUGAUACCAAUAAUAAUAGUGAUGAGGAGAUGGCGGGUUGAUCAUAAUACUCGGCUUCAUGCAACAAUAAUUGAUACAAUCUAAAAAAAGAUUGAGUAAAAAUUUGCCCAAUAUUGGGUAAAACGGGAACAAGCAUGUUUGAUGCGUAAUUUUUUCCCAUCAUAUUGGGUAAAAUGCAAGUUUAAAGGGUAAAUUUGAUUGCAACAUUGCGUAAAAUAUUUACAAAGUAAAUUACCAAGCAAGCAACAUUUUCCCAUUUUACCAAAUAUCUUAUGGGUAAACUGUUCUAGAGUGUAAAUCGGGACGAUAUCUUUGUCUACGAUAUAAUCGUCUCUAAAUAGAAGCGACGAAACAGUGACAGAUUUUCUUUUACACUGCAAAAACUCAGGUGUUGAUUUAACACCAGCCCGGAAUCUAUAUAUGUCCACACCAGAAAAGUAUUGAAACAACACCCGUUUGGAAUCAAACCGAUGCUGUUUUAAUAAUAAUUGGUGUUGAAUAAACACCUAUCUGGUGUUAGACCAAAACCAAACUGGUGUAGUUUAACACUUCUCUGGUGUGGACAUAGAUUCCUGGGCUGGUGUUAAAUCAAUACCGGUGUUUUUGCAGUGUAAAAAUGCACAGGCGAAUGCGUGAUUAAUUCGCUCAGGAAAAUUUAUAAAGUUUGGCAGCUUAAAAAAAAAAUCAUUUGGAAAGAAAAUACAAUGUUAAAAAAAGUUAUAGGAUUUAGUUUAGGAGAAUUAAUGGUAUUAAAACGGUUUUUCGAAGGGCUAAUGGCCGCCCUUUGGCCCGUAGCAGAAAGAGUUGCAAUCAAUCGCAACUCUAACAAUCAUGCGUAACUUGAUUUUUUUCAACCAAUCAACAGCGCGCAUUUGGGACUUGCGAUUGAUUUUUUGACUUGCGUUUAAACGCAACUCUUUCUGCAACGGACCCCUGUUGUGUAAAUAAAAUCAUGUUUAAAAGACUUAUACAUUUACGAUCGAUGUUUAUGCUUAGGACAAUCAAUAUUGUAAUAAAUUAAUGCUUGUAUCGAGAUCGCCAAUAAUUGAUGCCUUACAUACAGUAAAUAUGUACAGUAUGUAUAUAAAAAUGUUGGAUUUAUCAUGUAUAUUUUGAUUGAUCGGCCGUAUAAAAUUUCUUUGUGUAUCAGUGUAAACAUCAUAAGUGCAAUAUGUGCUGAUAUUUUGAAACAAGUAAUAGCCUAAAGGAAUUUGAUGUUCUUUUGUAUGGAAUGUGUAAAAUGGGCUUCCUUACUUCAUAUAAGUAUAAAGGUUUAAUUUUUAACGUGAGCUGUUUUUUUCAUUUGAACUUUUUAUUUAUUUCACUUGUCAAAGAAAUACAAAAGUGCCUUAACCAGAAAUAGCUAUAGAGUUAGACCCUGGUCCGGUGCCUUAUCAAAGUCAAUAUAGUAGACUAGAGUUCGUGUGAACAGAAAAUUAUAUUUUUACUUUUUCGUAGGUAUAUUGUAAAUAUAGAAAAGUGCCUCAAAAGACUGCCUUCAGAAAGAGAUGCAUGAAUCUUAUGGAUAACCCAUACGAUCGUCAUUCGAUAGAGCAUAUAUUUUCUUGGCUAAGUAACAUAAAAUCUUGUAUUCUGUUGCCAAUUUCAAAACAAAUUCUGAUCACUUUCCUAAUCAUGCUAAUAGCUUUUCGAACUAAAUUAAAAUGCAACACUGAUCUUAAGUUCUUGAUUAUGUGAGGUCACCAUUUUACACAUCAAUCUGAGUUGUAAAAUAUAUAUUUUUUUAUUGAUGGAAAAUUAUAACACACCUUAGAGAUUGCCUUUUCUAUAGAUUAUCGAAAUCGCAAAAAUAAUGAAGGUUUGACGCAAUUUGAUGUGCAUUGUAAGAAAGAGUUGUGCUGAAUAUAGGCAAUUUUAAGAUUAUGUAAUCCGCCUCAAUUUUCCAUGCUCAUCGAUGAGGUUUUAGUUAAAAAGGAAAACUUAUCUCUUCCUUUUUUUUAUUAAUUCAAUCAUUCUAUUUUUUGGUACUUGAAAUGUAAAAUGUCUUCCCACAAAUAUAUCAUACCUAUACUUCCAGCUAGCUGAGAAGUUGUGUAUUGUCAGUGCGAAAUUUGUAUGACGUAACUAUUUGUCAGUGCAGCUGACUAAAAGCCACCGCAAACUUUACGAUUGGUCUGCAACCCAAUUUUGGAAUAACACAUAGUAGAAUCUGAUGCUAAUAUUGAGACAUGGAAUAUCUUAUUGUGUAAUGCUCUAAAUCCUCUUACGAAAAUAUAUUCCAAAUCUGUGUCUAUGAAAUCGUCCUUAUUUGAAUAAAAGCGAAUUUAAUACCUAGCCGUAAUGACAUAAUAGCAAUCGUACGAUUGGCUACGAUUUGAAAUUAAUUUGGCCGUUUACUAAAAAAUAAAGGCUUGCAAAUCGACCAAAAUUGUUACAUUAAUUUUCUUUCAGUUAAUCUGAACCUCAAAUCAGAACAUACUUCUCAUUCAAAUUUCAGAAAAUUAGCAAAAUGCGAUUUAUUCCGAAAUCGGAUCGUUGACCAGUCGUAAGGUCUGCGGUGGCUUUUGUACUGUACUAUUACCGAUGUCAGCAUGAUCACAUAAAAAUAAUAAAGACCUUUUUUCUCUCUGA